CUCCGCCAAGUUAUCAUCUUCCAAAGUGGUGCACAAUGAUGCAAGUGCACAGAAUGAAUUCAACCUCACCAGCUGAGAAGAACGAUCGCAUACCUCUUACACUUGGCUAACACAUUGCCUCCCGAAUUAUAUGCUCACUGCUUGCUGCCCUGUAUCACGCUCUCACCGUUGUGUCGGCUUCCCCGCAUAUGCAGCAUCAAGAGAGCUGGGACAAGUCGGGCCCGCGCAACACGAAAACAGACGGCAGUAAGUGUCCAAUGCGGCAAACACACGCCGCGCCCCUGCGCAGCACUUGUGCAGGGAUCGCCAGACAUAUGGCGGUUUGAAACCUCUCAGCCUCUGUACUGCACUCAUCUGACACAUACAAACCAACCGAAUAUGCGGCCACCUGACGCCGGCCAUUGGCCAUGUUCCAACCGUAUCCGGCUCCGAGUUGGACCCCGGAAUACCAUGCAUGCACCAACCCGAAGUCCGGGACUGACAACGCAAGUACCGCAUCUCUCAAGACCAGGGUCGAUGGAUUCAAAACCAAGGCUGGCAGUCCGUUUAAACUGUUUGUUCCCCUCGAGUGCUGUCUCUGAGGUUAUAGUUCAGCACAAUCAAGCAUGUUGGCGCCUCCCGAACUAGAUGCUUCAAACAAUUUGGAUGCCGUGAGCCAUAUCCUUCUCGUCUCUGGACGAUUUAUCUAAUAUUACAGACAAGUACAGUCACACUAACACCACUCACCACUACUACACAAGCCAUCCUAU